AGAGGGCGGAGGAGAGGAGGAAGGAGGCGGAAUCUGGGCCCCGGCCCCAUUCAUUGCCGCGGCCCGCCGGGCGGGGGUCCCGUGUUCUCGGAGUCAUGGAGGCGCUAAUUCCUGUGAUCAACAAGCUCCAGGAUGUCUUCAAUACCGUGGGUGCCGACAUCAUCCAGUUGCCUCAGAUAGUCGUGGUGGGGACGCAGAGCAGUGGAAAGAGCUCAGUGCUAGAGAGCCUAGUGGGGAGGGACCUGCUUCCCAGAGGCACUGGUAUUGUCACCCGGAGACCUCUCAUUCUGCAGCUAGUCCAUGUUUCACCUGAAGAUCAGCGAAAAACAUCAGGAGAAGAAAAUGACCCUGCUACAUGGAAAAACUCAAGACACCUUUCUAAAGGAGUUGAAGCAGAGGAGUGGGGUAAAUUUCUUCACACCAAAAAUAAGCUUUACACAGAUUUUGAUGAAAUUCGACAAGAAAUUGAGAAUGAAACAGAGAGAAUUUCAGGAAAUAAUAAGGGAGUAAGCCCUGAACCAAUUCAUCUUAAGAUUUUUUCACCCAACGUUGUCAAUCUGACACUUGUGGAUUUGCCAGGAAUGACCAAGGUGCCUGUAGGUGAUCAACCUAAAGAUAUUGAGCUUCAAAUCAGAGAGCUCAUUCUUCGAUUCAUCAGUAAUCCAAAUUCCAUUAUCCUCGCUGUCACUGCUGCUAAUACAGAUAUGGCAACAUCAGAGGCACUUAAAAUUUCAAGAGAGGUAGAUCCAGAUGGUCGCAGAACUCUAGCUGUAAUCACUAAACUUGAUCUCAUGGAUGCGGGUACUGAUGCCAUGGAUGUAUUAAUGGGAAGGGUUAUACCAGUCAAACUUGGAAUAAUUGGAGUAGUGAACAGGAGUCAACUAGAUAUUAACAAUAAGAAGAGUGUAACCGAUUCAAUCCGUGAUGAAUAUGCCUUCCUUCAAAAGAAGUAUCCAUCUCUGGCUAACAGGAAUGGAACAAAGUAUCUUGCUAGGACCUUAAACAGGUUACUAAUGCAUCACAUCAGAGAUUGCUUACCAGAGUUGAAGACAAGAAUAAAUGUUUUAGCUGCUCAGUAUCAGUCUCUUCUAAAUAGCUAUGGUGAACCUGUAGAUGAUAAAAGUGCUACUUUACUCCAGCUUAUUACCAAAUUUGCCACAGAAUAUUGUAAUACUAUUGAAGGAACUGCAAAAUAUAUUGAAACUUCAGAACUAUGCGGUGGUGCUAGAAUCUGUUACAUUUUCCAUGAGACUUUUGGGAGAACCUUAGAAUCUGUUGACCCACUAGGUGGCCUUAACACUAUUGACAUAUUGACUGCCAUUAGAAAUGCUACUGGCCCCCGUCCAGCUUUGUUUGUGCCUGAAGUUUCAUUUGAGUUGCUGGUCAAGCGGCAGAUCAAACGCCUGGAAGAGCCGAGCCUCCGCUGUGUGGAGCUGGUUCAUGAGGAAAUGCAGAGGAUCAUUCAGCAUUGCAGCAAUUACAGUACCCAGGAGCUGUUGCGGUUUCCUAAACUUCAUGAUGCCAUAGUUGAAGUAGUGACUUGUCUUCUUCGUAAACGGUUGCCAGUCACAAAUGAAAUGGUCCAUAACUUAGUGGCAAUUGAAUUGGCUUAUAUCAACACAAAACAUCCAGAUUUUGCUGAUGCUUGUGGGCUAAUGAACAAUAAUAUAGAGGAACAAAGGAGAAACAGACUAGCAAGAGAAUUGCCUUCAGCUGUAUCACGAGAUAAGUCUUCUAAAGUUCCAAGUGCUUUGGCACCUGCCUCCCAGGAGCCCUCCCCUGCUGCUUCUGCUGAGGCUGAUGGCAAGUUAAUUCAGGACAGCAGAAGAGAAACUAAAAAUGUUUUAUCUGGAGGCGGUGGGGUUGGAGAUGCUGUUCAAGAACCAACAACAGGCAACUGGAGAGGAAUGCUGAAAACUUCAAAAGCUGAAGAGUUAUUAGCUGAAGAAAAAUCAAAACCAAUUCCAAUUAUGCCAGCUAGUCCACAGAAAGGCCAUGCUGUGAAUCUGUUGGAUGUGCCGGUUCCUGUUGCACGCAAACUAUCUGCCCGUGAGCAGCGAGAUUGUGAAGUUAUUGAACGACUCAUCAAAUCUUACUUUCUUAUUGUCAGAAAGAAUAUUCAAGACAGUGUGCCAAAGGCAGUAAUGCAUUUUUUGGUUAAUCAUGUGAAAGAUACUCUUCAGAGUGAGUUAGUAGGACAGCUGUAUAAAUCAUCCUUAUUGGAUGAUCUUCUGACUGAAUCUGAGGACAUGGCACAACGUAGGAAAGAAGCAGCUGAUAUGCUAAAGGCAUUACAAGGAGCAGGUCAAAUUAUUGCUGAAAUCAGAGAGACUCAUCUUUGGUGAAGAGAACUACGUAAGACUGAGACUUUGUUGACUCGAAAGUUACUGCCUACUUGAGUAGAUUUUUAUUUAUAAACUCCUAUGUAUUGCAAUGGUAUGAACUGCUCAUGUGAAGACUGGCUAUACACUGAAAACUGUACUCUGUAUUACAGAAUGAAAUCACACAAUCCAAAUAAAUGGCUGUUUCUAAAGUUUCCCAGUAUAUAUAAAAUACAUCAACUCUUUCUUGUGAUAGUUUCAUUUGAACUUAAAAAGAAAUGGUAAUGUUCUCAUUGUACAAGCAGCUUACCCGUGUAAUCUGUUAGUAGUCUUAACGCUGCUACCACAGUCCUUCAAGAAGAACGCACCAAGACAUUUCAUACGACUGUACUGCAUGCAUUAUAUAAGCUGAUCUGGCUUUGAAAGAUGCGGGUUGACAAGUUACUCAUAGUCACUGUAUUCCACCUGUCCUUAUUAGUUCUAUCUCUGCAACCUUUGAUGUGUUAGUCAGAAGGGUGGAUGUACAGAGGAUCUCUAACAAUGACAAUGAUGCAGUGUGCAUAAUGGGUAGCCACAGAGCCCUUCCAUUUCUUGGUCCACAUUGCCCUAGUGCAUUAAAAUAUCUGAUUCUUACCCAAACCUAGAAGCACGUACUACAUUUUCCUGUAUUAAAAACAACCACCUACACUUGAUUUUAUAGUAAGACUUAGAGGCACUAAAAAAAUUCAGAUAUAUCUUAAAAUUGCGGCACUUAACACCAUGCUCUUACUUGGAGGGGGGACAUAAAACCAAAUUCUGUACUAGAUCAGUAAGUAUUAGAUGAUAAUGGUUACUUUUGCUUCACACCAGCAAAAUUAGCAUAGAGGUGUGACAAUACUGGUGGAGCCUUAUUUAAAAAAAACAAAAAACCAUGCUGACACACUCCUAAUGGCUUAUAGACAACUAAUUUGCAUUCAGGAGUGAGGUUUAGAACAUACAUUUUAUUAAAAUUCCUCAGGUGAUUUUUGAUAUGAAUUACAUUAUAAAUGUUAAGAUAAUGGUCAAAAUUCUUAAGGCAUCUAGCAGAUAUUAAAAUUUCUUUUUAAGUUAAAAUAUUUAUGAAGGACUAUUGACAAUAUAAAUAUAUCUGUUAACUUUAGGUACCCAUUUACUAAGAAACAACAGGCUCACCAACUUAUCUCAAACAUAAAAAAACCCAGAUUCAGAUCUUGAUAGAAUACAUCAUAUCAAAAUGUUUGUUAGUGCACUUUAAAAUCACUCUGCCAUCUUUAAACAUUAGCUUUGAAUUAUACCCAUCCAUGUUUACUUACUUUAGACAGAUUAGAUAACUACUGUUUUAGCCUUUUGAAUUUAUAAGGGGGGAAAAAACCCUUCUAACGCAUCUUUCUCCAGUAUAUCAAACAGAUUUCCAAUUAAAAAAUGUUCCCUUUAAAGACAUGCUAUGGUAAUGCACUUUCUAGUACUACAUACCUUGUACUAGUACAAAGAAAAAUAGGCAAGAGAGGUGUGGCAAGAGAAACCUUUGUUGGCUCUAAACUGGGUGAAGUUCUGAAAUGUGGAGAUGAUCUAUGACAUUUAUAAUGGAUACUUGUAUGUUCUUGCUGUGUAAAUAAAAUUGCUGGUAUGAAAUGACAUUAAAGUUUAUCAAUAAAUGAA